AUGACCCAUACGCUGCGCGAGGUCCACAGGACAGGACUGAAGAUUUCCAAGCGGGAAGAAGUGGAAGCGGUUACCAUCGUUGAGACGCCCCCACUGGUUGUGGUUGGCAUUGUGGGAUACGUGGAGACUCCUCGAGGAUUGCGAAGUCUGAAGACCAUAUUUGCUGAGCACAUCAGUGAUGAAUGCAAAAGACGCUUCUAUAGGAACUGGUAUAAAAGUAAAAAGAAGGCUUUUACCAAGUACUGCAAGAAAUGGCAGGAUGAGGGAGGCAAAAAGCAGCUGGAAAAAGACUUUGCAGCCAUGAAGAAAUAUUGCAAGGUUAUCCGAGUCAUCGUUCACACCCAGAUGAAGCUCCUCCCCAUGCGACAAAAAAAGGCCCAUGUGAUGGAGAUCCAACUUAAUGGUGGCACUGUGGUGGAGAAGGUGGACACUGGGCACAUGAGAAGCUGGAGAAACAUAUCCCAGUGAACACGGUCUUCUCUCAGGAUGAAAUGAUUGAUGUUAUCGGAGUCACCAAGGGAAAAGGAAUGAAAGGUGUAACAUCACGCUGGCACACUAAGAAGUUACCCCGUAAAACGCACAAGGGGCUUCGCAAGGUGGCUUGUAUUGGAGCCUGGCAUCCCGCUAGAGUGGCAUAUACUAUAGCCCGAGCUGGGCAAAAGGGAUAUCACCACCGCACAGAGAUCAACAAGAAGAUUUAUCGCAUUGGCCGGGGAAUACAUCUGCAGGAUGGAAAAGUCGUGAAGAACAAUGCAGCAAACGCAGUAUGACCUCACAGACAAGUCCAUUACACCAUUGGGAGGUUUCCCACAUUACGGCCAAGUCAAUAAUGACUUUAUCAUGCUUAAAGGUUGUGUGGUGGGAAGCAAGAAGAGAGUGCUCACACUUAGGAAGUCUCUGUUGGUUCACACCAGUCGUCGUGCCCUGGAGCCUAUUGAGCUGAAAUUCAUUGACACUACAUCGAAGUUUGGCCAUGGAUGUUUCCAGACAGACCAGGAGAAGAGAGCUUUCAUGGGACCUCAGAAGAAACAUCUCAUAAAAGGCAAACCGGAGGUUGUCGAAGAUCUUUAG